CCGGGCCUGUCACCUGUGGCUAGGAAUUUGGCAAGGCCCACCAGUGAUCUCCUGGCCCAAAUUUUAACACGCGCCCAAAAAAUGAAGCGAGGAAAAAAUAAGAAAAAGUGAAGCGGAGAAGCUCCAGCACGAACGAAACCAAACGGCAGCAAUGGCCACCACCACAUCCCUCCGCUCCCGCCUCCUCAUCCUCCCACCGCCACCGGCGUCCCCCACCGCCGUCUCCCUCCGUCUCCGCCCAUGCGCCUCCGCACUCCCCUCCUCUUCCCGGAGGAGGAACCUCCGCCUCGUGGCACGUGCGGCGCCGCCCGGCGGCGCGGUGGCCCCUGCGUCGUCGUCGGCCCCCGCGGCGGCGGAGGAGAAGGAUGAGAAGGGCGGGGGCGAGGGGCUGUCGGUGGCCGACGCGGAGAGGCUUUGUGAGUUCCUUCGCGCCGACUUGCCGCACCUGUUCGACGACGUGGGCAUCGACCGGUCCGCGUACGACGACCGCGUGCGGUUCCGCGACCCCAUCACCCGCCACGACACCAUCGACGGCUACCUCUUCAACAUCCGCCUCCUCAAGCUGCUAUUCCGCCCCGACUUCUACCUCCACGCCGUCAAGCAGACAGGGCCGUACGAGCUCACCACGAGGUGGACCAUGGUGAUGAAGUUUAUGCUCCUGCCAUGGAAGCCGGAGCUGGUCUUCACCGGGCUGUCGAUAAUGGGCCUCAACCCGCAGAAUCUCAAGUUCAACAGCCAUGUGGAUCUUUGGGAUUCGAUUGAAAAUAAUGAAUACUUCUCUUUUGAAGGAUUAUGGGAUGUUUUCAAGCAGCUACGGUUUUACAAGACCCCGGACAUAGAAACGCCAAAUUACCUUAUUCUAAAGAGGACCGCACAUUAUGAGGUUAGAAGUUAUUCACCAUUCUUAAUAGUUGAAGCAAAAGGAGAUAAACUGACAGGAUCUUCAGGAUUCAAUAAUGUAACUGGAUAUAUAUUUGGCAAGAAUGCUUCAUCUGAAAAGAUUCCGAUGACUACACCUGUCUUCACUCAAGCUUCUGAUGGCACACUUUCAGAUGUAUCCAUCCAGAUAGUUCUGCCAAUGAACAAAGACUUGAACAGUUUACCAGCUCCAAAUACAGAAGCGGUUACUUUGAGGAAGGUAGAAGGAGGCAUUGUUGCAGUAAAAAAAUUCAGUGGACGACCAAAAGAAGAAAUUGUGCUCCAGAAGGAAAAGGAUCUACGCUCCCAAUUACUUAAAGAUGGAUUGAAGCCUCAACAAGGCUGUUUGCUUGCACGUUACAAUGAUCCCAGGACGAAGAGCUUCUUAAUGAGGAAUGAGGUGCUGAUACGGCUAAAUGAGUUCACACUGGAGUUGUAAUCAUCAUAGCUGGCAACAGAUUUAUGUAACACUAGGCGUUGGGUUUGGAGAUUUCAGUGCAUCAUUAGAAAGGGCAAAUCAUGUAGAUGGGCGGAUGUGCUUUAUGUAAAUGUAAAUUCUGAAAGAAACCAGAACUGGAGCCAUGCAUGGUUGGUAGCAGCACAUCGUCAUCUCUGGUGUGGUGACUCGCCACGCCUUCUCGUGGCCAGCCAUGGUCUCAUGGACCAGAGACUAGGGUUACGUUGGAGGUACACCAUGCCAUACCAUAUGUGGCCAUUGUUGGUGGUUCAUCAGCUUGAUGAAGAGCGGGGGAAACGAACGGAGAUGAGGAGAACCGGCCAGGCAGGGGUCACAUGGGCUGCCGCGUCAAGUGCAAGCCAGUUCACGCUUGCGGUGCGCGCGGCGUGCCCGCGGUGGCUGGCGGGGGGCGCAUUUACAUGAGCUACCGGGGCAUGCGGUGCCGAUGCAGCACAAGGGACGGACCAUCACCAACCCACGGCAGAUUGAUCGUCCUUAGCUUGUUGCUUGGCAGCAUAACGGUUUCAUUGCUCUCUGGGAGGGGUGUAUGCAUUAGCAGCUGAACAGUACACUUGUACUGAUAGUGUCUGGAAGUGGAGUCUCUGUACGCUCAACUGGAGCAGUGUCACUAUCAGAGGUUUUCCUUCACUGGAGUCGCCGCCGUCAUUAGAGUAGAGAGGAGAAAGUGAGAUUGUUGCCUAGUGACAUGAGGUUUUGUCAAAUAUCUAGGCUUAGAG